AUGGUGAUAUCUUUGUUGACACUCAGCCGCCACAUUGUUUUGUUCUUCGUUUUCUCUUGUUUGUUCCGUCAAAACGAGGUCACGGCACUGCUAGUAGAUCACAACAAUGUGACCCCUCAAUGGCAAGAUGGUGCAUUCCCGUUGUUUCGAGAAUGCAAUGUUUCUACACGCCGAGGUUUACUUCAAUAUUUCUAUCUCCCCCCGCUCCUGUACAUGUCGCCCUCAAAAGUUUGCGCCAUGUCUCCUUCCGAAGCCUCUAGACAGUACGAUUCUUAUGCUUCUUCGUACGAUAAGCUCGACGGGGGGCAGGCAUCCUCGGCUCUGGGAAUCGAUCAAGCCCGAACAGAUUUGCUUCAAAAUGCACGAGGACAUGUUUUAGAGAUUGGGGUUGGUACUGGGCUCAAUUUAGACAGGUACGACGGAGCUCAGAUAUCUUCACUUACGCUGGUUGACAUUAGUAGUGGAAUGUUGCAGGAAGCGAAAACGAAAGCCGAUGCUUUGCCCAAUCUCAAGGGUCUUCCAAUCAGUUUUGUUCAAGCUGACGCUUCUAGUGCACUGCUAUUUCAAUUUGGCAAAGGCAGUUUCGACACAGUGGUCGAUAGCUUUUCUCUCUGUGUUAUGGGCGUGGACGGGGGCAUGGCAUGUCUCAAUCAGUUAGCUCAAGUUCUCAAACCUGGAGGACAGAUGCUCCUUUUGGAGAAUAGUAGGUCGUCGAACUCCUUCCUCGCUUUGUAUCAGGACGCCACGGCGGAAAUGGCGGCAUCGUUCGGUGGGAAAGGAUGUGUAUACAACCAAGAUGUGCGCGCAAUGAUUACGAGGACACGAAUGAUGGAUAUUCAGUGCGAGACUCUUUACUCAGCAGGACUAUUUCGUGCCUUCAAUUGCGUUCGACUUUAA